UUUCCAGUGUGAAGACCAAUUCGUUUUAUUUUCCCCAGUUUUCCGCGUGUGUUUCGUAGUUUUGUGAUUCGGAUAGUACUUGAAUCUGUGUUUUUUUUUUCUGUGUGCCUUGCCCAAAAGACCAUCUUUCCGUUUUAAUUAAAAGCAACAUUUAUAAAAUCUAUCUUUAAUCGGUGAACUGCAGAAGCCACCCUCGAGAUGAGUCCGCCACAACUUCUCAGCAAAGACACGCCCGACAUUGAGGAUCUGCUGGCUCUGAACCCGCGAGUCAAGACCCAGUGCACGGUGGUGCCCACGAAGCAGACCAAGGAGAACAAGAAGCACUGGAAACGGAACGCCGACCAUGCCGCCCCGCCUUGCACGACGCUGGCCAACGACUUCUCGGACAUCAAGCACACCACCCUGUCGGAGCGAGCGGCCCUAGAGGAGGCUGGGCGGUGCCUGAAGUGCGCCGACGCCCCGUGCCAGAAGUCCUGCCCGACGCAGCUCGACAUCAAGAGCUUCAUCACCUCAAUCGCCAACAAGAACUUCUACGGGGCCGCCAAGGCGAUCUUCUCGGACAACCCCCUGGGCCUGACCUGCGGCAUGGUGUGCCCCACCAGCGAUCUCUGCGUGGGCGGCUGCAAUCUGCAGGCCUCGGAGGCGGGCCCCAUCAACAUCGGCGGCCUGCAACAGUUCGCAACCGAGGUGUUCAAGCAGAUGGGCGUCCACCAGCGGCGCACGCCCCAGGCGGAGGCCAAUCCGCUCGGCCAGAAGAUCGCCCUCCUCGGUGGCGGCCCCGCCGGGCUCUCGUGUGCCACCUUCCUGGCCCGACUGGGCUACCGGGACGUAACCAUCUUUGAGCAGAGGAGCUACCUGGGUGGCCUAAGUGCCUCCGAGAUUCCACAGUACCGACUGCCGAUCGCGGCCGUGGACUUUGAGAUCUCGCUGGUGAAGGAUCUGGGCGUGCGCAUCGAGACGGGACGUUCCCUGUCCACCAAGGACUUGACCAUUCAGGGUCUCCUGUCAAAAGGAUAUGAUGCUGUCUUUGUGGGAAUUGGCCUGCCAGAACCGAAGCUGAACCCGAUCUUCAAGGGGCUCAGUGCCAGCAACGGGUUCUACACCUCCAAGAACUUCCUGCCCUUGGUGUCCGAAGGCUCUAAGCCAGGACUGUGCGCCUGCAAGGCGGCAGCCGGCCUGCCCAAGCUUCACGGGAAUGUGAUAGUCCUGGGUGCCGGCGACACAGCCUUUGACUGCGCCACCUCGGCAUUGAGGUGUGGUGCGCGACGCGUUUUUGUCGCCUUCCGGAAGGGAUCCUCUGGAAUUCGGGCGGUGCCCGAGGAGGUGGAGCUGGCCCGCGACGAGCGCUGCGAGCUGCUCCCAUAUCUGAGUCCCCGCAAGGUGAUCGUCAAAGACGGCUUGAUUACUGCCAUGGAGUUCUGCCGCACCGAGCAGGACGAUAAGGAUGCGUGGGUGGAGGAUGAGGAGCAGGUGGUGCGACUGAAAGCGAACUUUGUCAUCUCGGCCUUCGGUUCGGGACUGGAGGAUUCUGACGUGAAGGCGGCAUUGAGUCCACUGGAGUUCCGCGGGGAGCUGCCCGUGGUGGACCGUGUGACGAUGCAGAGCAGCCUGAAGCAGGUGUUUCUGGGCGGAGACCUGGCAGGCGUUGCCAACACCACCGUGGAGUCGGUCAACGACGGCAAGGUGGCCGCCUGGAGCAUUCACUGCCAGCUGCAGGGCCUCCCCCUGGACACUCCGGCGGCGCUGCCGCUCUUCUACACGGACAUCGAUGAGGUGGACAUCUCGGUGGAUCUCUGCGGCAUCCGGUUUGAGAAUCCCUUCGGCCUGGCCUCGGCCCCGCCCACCACUAGCACAGCCAUGAUCCGGCGCGCCUUCGAGCAGGGUUGGGGCUUCGUGGUGACCAAGACCUUCGGUCUGGACAAGGAUCUGGUGACCAAUGUCUCGCCCCGCAUCGUACGGGGCACAACCUCCGGCUACAAGUACGGCCCGCAGCAGGGUUGCUUCCUCAACAUCGAGCUCAUCUCGGAGAAACGAGCGGAGUACUGGCUGCGCGGCAUCGCCGAGCUCAAGAAGGACUUCCCCGAGAAGGUGAUCAUCGCCAGCAUCAUGUGCAGCUUCAACGAGGCUGACUGGACAGAGCUUGCAAAACGGGCGGCCGAGUCCGGAGCUGACGCUCUCGAGCUGAACCUUUCCUGUCCGCACGGCAUGGGGGAGCGUGGAAUGGGCCUGGCCUGUGGCCAGGACCCGGAGCUCGUGGAGCAGAUCUCCCGCUGGGUGCGCCGGGCCGUCACCCUGCCCUUCUUCAUCAAGCUGACGCCCAACAUAACCGACAUCGUUUCCAUCGCUGAGGCCGCGAAGCGCGGCGGAGCGGACGGCGGAUCAGCCAUCAACACCGUGCAGGGCCUAAUGAGCCUUAAGGCGGACGCCACCGCCUGGCCGGCCAUCGGCAAGGAACAGCGCACCACUUACGGCGGCGUAUCCGGUAACGCCACUCGGCCCAUGGCCCUUAAGGCGAUCUCGGACAUCGCCAGACGGGUGCCUGGCUUCCCCAUCCUCGGCAUCGGCGGCAUAGACUCCGGCGAGGUGGCGCUUCAGUUCAUUCAGGCCGGCGCUACGGUGCUGCAAAUCUGCUCCUCGGUCCAGAACCAGGACUUCACCGUCAUCGAGGAUUACUGCACCAGUCUCCGUGCACUGCUCUUCCUCAAGGCCAAUCCACCGCCGACGAAUGGCGCCUUCUGGGACGGCCAGUCGCCACCCACUCCGGUCCACCAGAAGGGCAAGCCGGUGGUGCGCCUGACCGGGUCGGGCAACACCACCCUGGGAUUCUUCGGGCCCUACCAGCGCCAACGCGACCUUCAGCUGGAAGAGGUGCGUCGUGAGAAGGGCCCUUUCUGGGACGCUGAGACGGGCGCUGUCCAGGACACGCCAGUCCUGGAGAAUGGCAGCGCACCGAAACCGGCGCCCCGAAUCAAGGAUGUCGUUGGAGCGGCGCUGGAGAGGAUCGGGCCUUACAACAAACUGGAUAAUAAGCAGCAAAAGGUGGCGCUGAUCAAUGAUGACAUGUGCAUCAACUGCGGCAAGUGCUACAUGACGUGUGCCGACUCCGGCUACCAGGCCAUCGAGUUCGACAAGGAUACCCACAUUCCCCAUGUCAACGACGACUGCACCGGCUGCACCCUUUGCGUCUCCGUCUGCCCCAUCAUUGACUGCAUCAGCAUGGUGCCAAAGAAGAUUCCCCAUGUCAUCAAGCGGGGCUUGGAAGGGAAGACCUUCUACACCCACGCCUUGAGCCAGUGCCAGUAGACCUAAUCCUGCCCAGACCCAGCCUAGUUGUAUCCCUAACUGAUAUUACAUUCCAUAUUAAAAUCAAAUCAAAAAUAAAGUCAAAUACUGAUGAGCAAAAA